GGCGGGGCGACCUGGCAUUCAGAAAAGCCCUCGCCGGGCGUCUAGCUUCGUGAGGGGCUUCCGGCGUUGUGACUGACGGGAGAGGAGGAGUCCGCGGUGAUCCUGUUGCCCUUCUGCGGUGUGCCAUGACCGGCCGAGGGACGCCGAGCCGUUACUUGGCCAGCGUCUUGCGGAACGGGGUGGGCCGCUACGUGUGUCAGCUCCAGCGCCUCACCCUGACCCUCAGCCGCGACGCGCCGAGCUCGCGGGGCGCGAGAGAGUAUGUCGAAGAAAAGGUGGUGGAUUUUGCCAGGCAAAACCCUCAGAUUGUAUUUUAUGUGUGUCCAAAGAAGAUCAGGAUCCCCACAGUAGUGGCUGAAUAUUUGAAUGGGACUGUGGAAGAGAAAUUUUUAACCAGCAAGACAUCUGAUGAGAUUGCAGAGAUCAUCCACAAGUUGGCCAACCAAUCCGGCCUAGAGAUCAUACGCAUCCGAAAACCCUUCCAUACAGAUAACCCUAGUAUACAAGGCCAGUGGCAUCCCUUCACAAACAAGCCUAGUGUGCUCAGCGUGCAAGAAAUUGGUCAACAGUGUCUUUCAUCCCCACAAAAAUAAAUUAUGAUGGUUCAAAAUGAA